GCCAUUGCGAGCCGGCGUCGGUGGGAUCGUCCGAUGGGCCUCUGUUUUGAGGAGGAGGGAGAGGACAGAAAAGGCUCGUUGAACGGGCAGGAGACCAGCUUGGCUGCGUCGUGUGGUUGGGCGUAG